AUGAAUAAAACAACAGAUGUGGUAACAGAUAAUGCGAUGGAUAUAGCAAUGGAUAAUGCAACAGAUGAAUUGACAGAUGUGGCAAUGGAUGUAGCAUCGGAUGUAGCAACAGAUGUAGCAUCAGAUGUGGUAACAGAUAUAGCAUCAGAUACGUUUAAAGAAUUGGCAUUGACUGUAGAUGAAUUUCUUUUAUCAAUUCAUAAUAAAAUUAUUGUAUUGGUAAAAGAUAAUACUCUCUUAUCAACUGAUUAUAGUGUUGCAUUUAAAAUACUGAGAGAAACUGGUGCUGGUACCCAAUUAGCUGAUGUGCAAGAUUUUAUAAAAUUUAAGGCUGAAUGCUUAAAGUUAGCUACAAAAAAUAUAGAUAUGGGAAUUUAUAUAACAAUCAUGCAAGCAAAACAAAAAACAAAGAUAUUUUCCAAAAAAAGAUAUUCUAAAUCACCACCACCACAAGAACCUUUGCCGCUACAAGCACCUCUGCCACCACAAGUAUCUUUGCCACCACAAGCACCUUUACUACCACAAGCACCUUUACCACCACAAGACCUUUAUCACUACAAUCAUCUUUGUUGCCCAAGCACUAUCAGUUCUAUUAUUACAAACAUUACCACAAAAUAA